UAGUUUGAACCCGAUGUUAAAACAAGCAACAUGGCUCUCACCGAUCCAAACGAUGUCUGCAAGAUGGCCUACGAUGGAAAUUUACCGAUGUUGCAAAUGAAAAUCAAAGAGGAUAGAAGUCUUGCCACAAAAACUGAUGAAACAUGCAGAAUGCCAUUGCAUUGGGCAUCAUCAACGGGGAAAGUUGAUGUUGUUGAUUAUCUCCUCGGCAUAAAUGUCCCUGUGGAUGCUCGAGAUGAGUCAAACUGGACACCUUUAAUGAUUGCUGCUUCAGCAGGACAUGAGCAAGUUGUCUCCUUUCUCCUUGCUAAAGGGGCACAGGUGAAUGCUGUCAACAACACAGGACAGUGCUCUCUUCAUUAUGCAGCCUCCAAAGACAGGUAUCAGAUUGCUGAAAAAUUAUUAGAACAUGGUGCAGAUGUGAAUGUUUUUGACCAGUAUGGACAUAUACCACUACACAGAGCAGCCUCGAAGGGGCUGGCCAAGAUGGUGAAACUGCUUCUCCAGUAUAUUGUGGAUGUAAAUCACAGAGACGUGGAGGGAAACACACCACUACACUUAGCUUGUGAAGAAGAGAGGUUGGAAGUAGCCAGGCUUUUAAUACAACAUGGAGCAAAAGUAGAACUUCUCAAUAAGGAUGAGAAAUCGCCACUAGAUCUAGCACCGCCCAGUAUGAAGAGGUCCCUACAGAAUGCUGUAUCGUGACAUUCUUCCUUAAUGUAUAACAUCAUGUAUAAACACUUUUCACAGUCACAUCUGAUUGACAUUUAACUGGAGAAGACUGUUCAUCAAUUGCUAAUAAUGUGACAGUACUAAGCAGUGUCCUGUUCAAAUUCCUAUAAGACGAUUCAAAUGAUUUCAUUUUGUGUAAUUUCUUAUUUUCAAGUACCCAGCUGGAAACAAAUGUUGGAUAAUAUGUCCUUACUUUUUUUUUACUCAUAUCGUGAGUUUCAUGUACAGUCAUGUAAAUAACAACUUGAAUAAAAAAAAAUCAGAUAUGAAAUGAGCCAAUGAUCUUUAUAAUAUGAAAAACAUAUUGAAAGAACAUUGCAUCUUUCAAACCAUUAUAUUUAAUCAAAUGUCAUGUAUUAAAAAUUAAAAUAUUCCAAAUUAAAACUUCAUUACUUCUGAAAAUAUAUUGCAAUUAAUUGCUUGACAGUCAUUGUUUCAUUCAUUUGGAUGUAACAAUUUUAAUUGGGUACAUUUGCAAAAAUGGCAAAAAAUUUAGCAAUUCAUUCAUUAUACAUGUUUAUGGGCUUGGUCACUGGUAUAACAUUUGACAAUGCACACUAUUUAUAUAUGUAUAUCUAUUUUGAAGUAUUUUCAAACCCUUUCCACUAAUUGAGACAAAACUUCUUCAGAUGUUGCAGGCCAGUUUAAAACUCAAAGUACAUAUUUAUGUGCAAAAUUUAUGCAUUGCAAUUUUAAUCUAGGCAAUGUACAUGUUCAUGCCAUUAAAUUAAUAAAUAAUACAACAGAGACAAAUAAUCUUUACUUUUUGAACCUGAAGGAAUAAAAUAUUUAUGUUCCUAUGGAACUAUAUUUCAUUUCCUUAUCGAUUUGUUCUAAUUCUGCAGAUUGAAGACCUGUUUAACAUGAAUAACACAUGCAAAAGCCACCAAGUUUGUAAUAAAGAAAGACAAAUCAUGACUUAAAACUUUAAAUAAUCAAUUUAUUUUUUUCCCUAUACAUAUUUACAGACAUGUUAGAAUAAAAUAUUUUGGACAAGGGCCUGCAUAAGUAAACUGUACAUGUACAUUUGUACAUACAUACACUAUUUGUUAAAAUCAAAUCCCAGAAUUUUAUCAUAAGGCGUUUACACAUACAAUGCACUAAUAUGUAUAAUAUAGGAAAUUGUGAUCUCUGAAAUAAGAAUAAAAUUUUACAUGUGCUCAUGCAUCUUAAAUACAUUUCAAUUGGCACUGUUAAAUCAAUACAAAACAUAAAAAGAAGGAAAGACUAUGAAUAUUCAGUAUCUGAUUUUAAGGCAACAAAACUGUUAAAAAUAAAACUGUAAAAAGAAAAAAGGCAAAUAAAG